AUGGUCCUGGUAUCAAACAUCUCCGCACUGUCGGUGGCCCUAUGUGCAGCUGCAGUUGGGGAGUUGGUCUACCCACCACCUCCACGUUGCCUGGUGUUCCUGGUGUUCCCGGUGUUCCCGGUGUUCCCGGUGUUCCUGGUGUCGCCCGGUGCUGCUGCACCUACGGCCACCACUCCCACGCUCCCCGGCGCCGGAGCCGAGGAGGCAACACCCACUCCUGAGGCCGGUGCGCCCGCCGUGAAGCCCUCAACCACUCCGCCACUGGGUGAUCCGGUCGCCACAACCCCCUCCAAGACGGCCGCUACAGCAACCAAAUCGACAACCACACCUCCUGGCGCCCUCGCGACCACCUCGUCGUCCUCGGUAGCCGGUGCGGGCGGUGCAGCAGCCGGCGGUGCAGGAGGUGCACCGACUCUAGCAGUUGCACCGGCUGACGUGUAUACAGCGACAGCAGGAUCGGGCGAAAUGCUCGAGUACUCAUCGUGCCUAGUGUUCGAGGAGAAGUGUUUGGAGCUAUGCGAAUUUGGCCUCUACAAUAUGAACUGUAACACGGGGGGCCUCUGUCUGUGCUACCGGACGGACCCGAUGGCCACGACGACCGAGGAGACUACUGCAGAUGAGAGCACUAGUGCUGUUAGUGCUGUUAGUUCUGUUAAUGCGGCGAUGAAGCGGACGUGGAAUGUUGCCAUGGUCGCCAUCCAGGCGGCGGCCGUGAUUGCAGUAACGUCGGCGUUCAUGUAAGCAUUCCAAUAGUUUUUUUCAUCGGUAAAUAGAGCAUGCUCUGAGAUUUUCACCCAGG